AUGGGCCCUUAUGUGCCCCCAGGCCAGUCCCCGCCAUUUGAGGUGGUUGACGAGUACCAUCAUGGGGCAUGGAUCAUCAUUACUGUUGCACUGGGACUGGUGGUCUCAGUGGUCUGUUUUUUGAUUCGGCUUUAUGUUCGCCUCAUGCUGAUACCUCCUUUUGCGCGGGAUGACUUUGUUUUGCUGGGCGCCACGAUUGUGGCAGGAGUACAAUCGACUCUCAUAUUUUAUGCCUGUUCGCUCGGAUUUGGAACCUCCAUGAUCUUCCUGGAUGAUACUCGACUCAAUCAGAUCCAGACAUUGAUCGCAAUAAGUGAUACUAUCGCUUUAAUCAUUCUUUUUCUUUCUAAAGGUUGUGUCCUCGCCAUUUACCUCCGUCUCACACCUCAAAAACCGCACAACCGAGCCUCAUGGGCUACCUUAGCCCUAUGCACGGCCUGGCUUAUUCCAGCUGUACUUAUACUAUUGGUAAAUUGUGAGCUCAACAAGCCUUGGAGAACUCAAGGAGGCGAAUGCAAGAAUUUGUUUAAACGAUGGCAGUUUAUCGGCGCGGUCGAUAUAAUCACCGAGAUUAUUAUAUUUGCGUUAGCUGUCAUUCUGCUAAAGGGUCUUUUCAUGUCGGUCAGGCGCAAACUCGCCAUUGGAUUCGCCUUUAUCUUUCGAUUCCCACUCUCAGUCCAGGGAGAAUUCAAAGAAGAGUUAGCUUACAAGUAUACUUUACUUGCCAGUCUUAUUUUGUUUGCCAUCUUACACAUAUCAAAUCUCAACUCAGCGCUCAAUGAUGCAGAUGUCACUCUCGCAGCCGUCGAGCCUACACUCUGGCUUCAAGUUGAGGUACACUAUGCCCUCGUCGCAUGCAGCGUAUUCUGUCUUCGACCAUUCAUGGCUGCUGUCAGCACGAACUAUGGAACAGCCGGCGACUCGAGUCUGGAAAGCAGCACGUCGCGGUCCCGGGGCACAGAAGGAAGCUCAAAGUCCGGAUCUAAUUCUAAUUCUGCCUCUGGGUCCAACUCGGCAUCAAGAUCAAGGUCUCUUUCCCGAGUUCAGAGAAAGCGUACUGGAGCAUCAUCCAGAUCUAAAAGCAGAAGCAGAAUACCUCGCUCGUUAUCCAAGGAACACCUGUGUCAGGGUGAACAUGCACGCAAUCUCGCCGAGAGCCGAGAAGCAAAUGGACAGAAAAAGAAACAAUCUAUACCCCAGCUUCCCGAAACUCGGAACAACCCGGUGCGAACUCCUGUUCGUCGAUCUAUGUUUCCGAUAAGCGAGCCGAGCAAGCAAACCUCUGGAAAGACCAACAAGGGAAAAGAGGGGCACCGUGAGCAGGCGUCUACGCCUUCUUUGUUAGAUAUUGAUGAUGCUAUUGAGCUUAUGCCUCAAUUGCAUCGGCAGCAUGCACGGCAGGAGACUCAUUGUACCCUUGACGAAGAAGACCCAGAUAAAAUGGUAAUUCGCAAGGAAGUGCAGUAUUCAAUUCAAUAUGAGUACGGCGAGUCGCGUCGGAAGGGGCGGGAGACCUCGAAGACAAGCUCAACCGAUGCAGUUGCUUAUGUAUAG